GAAUGGUUGGCUGGUGACAGCUGUCAUUCGAAUAACUUAACAGUGACAUACAUGACUCAUAAGUAUUGCACACUCGAAAGUUAUUUGUUGUGAGGUAAAGCCAUUAUUUGGCAUUUGGUUGGUUUGAAUCGGUAUGCGGUAUGCCGACUUGGUAGGGUAACACCGGUCUAAAUAGGAAGAAAAGAAACGGGAAUAAAACGGGGUGUGUUCGUUCUCCGAAAGUUUUACACGUCUAAACUAAUAGUUAAUGAAUUUGCUAAGUUGUCGGCUAUUUUAACUGCACCAUUUUUUACUGUUGAUAUAAUAAAUCAUUCACACAGCUUCUCGCACCGUUGUUUAAUUACUAACCGGACUAGGGUAUCAGAGAGAUGUCCAGGCAUUUUUUCGACAUCGCUGGUAUGGCAUCCAGUUCUGUUAGCCAGGAAGACUUCGAGAACGACUUUGAACUUACAUCCCGGCGAUCCAGAAUCAGAACGGCUCGAGCCCGUGUCGUUCCACCCAGAACUGGCGACGCUGCCUUGAGCAAUUAUCAAAUUACAACAUUACCGGUUUCAGAGGCUGCAGGAGACGUCGAGGAGAUAUGCGACUUAGGCUCCAAUUGUGUUAUUUUACCGGAACAUGACAAUCAACAAAAUAAACCAAUUAUGAGAAAACAAGAUAAACGCCUGACCAAUCGACCAACACACAUAAACAAAGGUAAACAACAACGAGACAGAAGAAAGUUAAGAGAAAAACGACGCAGUACUGGAGUUGUACAUUUGCCAUCGACCGAGAGUACAGGUGGAAGCACUGGUGAAGAUGAGGAAGAGAUCGGUGGAACUUGUCCCGAAACCAAGCAAAAUACCCAUCACAAUGAAUUUCUCGAUCAAGAACUUGUAGAGGAAAAGGCAGUUAAGACUUACACGCAGAGACGAGAUAAAAGCCACUCUGAUCUCGAAGCUGAUGACGAAGAAUUCGAUUCCCUAAACCAAUCAGACAGCGUAAACCAAUCAGAUCAAGGUAAUCAGAACGAGGUGCAAACCUCACCGACAACGAGCAAACCCAAAACGCCUACUUCAACCGGGGACAAAUUGGGUUUCUUACAGCUGGUUGAGCUUGCUCAGAAAGAGAACAGACGACUCUUGUCUCUCCUGGAGGAGAGAGACCGUAAAAUCACGGCUCUUGAAGCUCGCUUGACACAUCAACAAAACGAAAUGGCACUAGAAAGGCAACGUCUCAGAGAAGAGAAUACUGCAUUGAUAAGAGCAAUGGCUACUCUCGCUAGUAACUAGUUACUCUUCGUUAAUCAAACUUUCUUACAUCCAUGCCAGAAACAACGAUAACAAGAGUUAAAAUAUCGAUUCUGGACUACCCACUUAAUUCCUAAAAAUGUAUUCUCUGAUAAAUGAUUCCUAUAGAAAAAGUGAUGUACAGCACACUUGUAAACAUAUUCUAUUAUACAUAUAAGAGUAUUAGGCGCGGACGCAAUAGCAAAGCUUACAAUAAUCUGUUAGACAUGCAUUUUCACACUAAAUUUUAUCAAAGAUUCGCCUAUUUUUGCUAUUUUAGCAUAGUCGAAAUUUAUAUCCGUUAAUGUUAUCACUUUUUUCGGAUUCGAACUGUCAGCUUGCUUCGAUACGCAUGCUUUAUUCAUUAGUUAUCGUGUGAAAAGAAAAAAACUGUAACUUGAUAAAUUGUGUCUCCUGCAAGUCACAUAGGGUACCCAAUAUUUACUAAGAAAUUUAUGUUGGUGUACUUUCCUGAAACUGUUAUUUUUAACCGUGUAAAAUGUUGCCCAUGCGGGUGGAUUUUUCGAUAAAAUUGUUAUUCUCUGCAGCUUGUAUAGGCAGCUUAUAAAUUGACACAAAAAUAUUAAAAUAUAUUCGUUUAAAAUCGUGCCAAAAAACGUCUGACGAUACAUUGAAAAGUGCAAUAUUAUAAUUGAUUAUACGUUCAAGUGAUUUUCACAUUAUACAUGAGGCAACUUUCAAAUAUCAUUAAUAUGCAUAAUAUUAGAUAUAGUUUUGAGUAACAAUAUUGCAUAAUAAAAUAAACUGCACUGCGUUAGAACCGAAAGAAAUACUUAUUUCUUGAUUAACAGCAAGUGCUGUUACAUGAGCCCAUUCUUAUUAUACCCUCAGGUUUUAUUAUUAGGUACUGAUGUCAUUUCAUAAUACGAAGCUCGAAUUUCUAAACGGAAGUGUUUUAUUCUUCUUCGUUCUUUUCUGGUUUUUUUGUCUUUACCAAAUCAUGUAUAAACAGAGUUAUCGCAGACACAUUAUACCUAUGUUUUUUAUACAAUCGACUGCAAUGUUAGAUCAACUAACGACGUAUAAAUAUAAAUAUACCAUACAUUCUUAUUAUUUUUCCAAUAAAAUAUGGCACAACCUUAA